CCAUUCGCUAAGGCAGUAGAGGUCAUCAUUUUCAGAUAUCUCAAAACAUUUAUUCUAUUAUCACAGUUGGACCCUGAAUAAGAGAAGAGGAAGGAUGGCUGGUGAUUUGCCUCUGAACAUCAACAUUAAGGAGCCGCGGUGGGACCAGGGCACGUUUAUGGGUCGAGCUAGACACUUCUUUAUGGUUACAGACCCUCGCAAUGUCCUGCUCUCCAGUGAGGUUCUGGAGGAUGCUCGCGUUACUGUGGAGAACUACAGGUUAGGUGUGAUAAAGCCUGGGCUAACAGAGGAUCAGCUGUGGAGGGCCAAAUACAUCUAUGACUCCGCCUUCCACCCUGACACAGGAGAAAAAAUGUUGCUGAUUGGACGGAUGUCUGCCCAGGUGCCCAUGAACAUGACCAUUACUGGCUGCAUGCUUACCUUUUACAGGACUACUCCAGCAGUUGUAUUCUGGCAGUGGGUGAACCAGUCCUUUAACGCCAUCGUAAACUACACUAAUCGCAGUGGAGAUGCACCCAUAACAGUGAAUCAGUUGGGAGCAGCAUAUGUCAGUGCUACCACUGGAGCUGUGAUAACUGCCCUGGGCUUGAAGUCUUUAACCAAGCACCUGCCACCCAUUAUGGGUCGUUUUGUCCCAUUUGCUGCUGUUGCAGCUGCUAACUGCAUCAACAUUCCCUUCAUGAGACAAAGAGAGCUGAAGUGUGGCAUCCCUGUGACUGACGCAGAGGGCCAGCGUCUGGGAGAAUCGGCUAAUGCUGCCCAGCAGGCCAUCGUACAGGUGGUGGUGUCACGGAUCGGCAUGGCAGUGCCAGCCAUGGCCAUCCCUCCUGUCAUCAUGAAUGCCUUAGAGAAGAAAGCCUUCUUGAAGCGGUUCCCGGUUCUCAAUGCGCCACUACAGGUUGGACUGGUUGGGCUUUGCCUGGUGUUUGCCACUCCACUCUGCUGUGCCCUGUUCCCACAGAAGAGCUCUAUGCAGGUGACCAGCCUGGAGCCUGAGCUGCAGGAGAGGAUACGACAGAGCAAUCCUAACAUCACCACGGUCUACUUCAACAAGGGCCUGUAGGACCUCAGACCAGUCCGUACUGCUGCUUUACACACACACACACACACACACACACACACAUCUCAUUCUCUCUUUCUCACAUACAUACACAGAUGCACACAGAUUAGUGGGCCCAAUAUGAAGUUAAUUUGAAGUUAAACAUAUGCAUAUUCUCUUCUUUGUGUUUUCUGUUGCUAUUCUUUGUUUCUGAGUUGUGUUACAAAGUGAAGAGGAUUGAGAUGUGCUCUGGUUAUGUCUGUAUACAUUGUGACAGCGGCAGGGCUAAAGGCGGCUAAAAGUGGGAUGGUUUUAAUGCUUUAAAACUGAAGGUUUGAGUAACUAAUGCUUGCUGUGCUUAUAGGCAGUGAGCUCUUAGGUAACUACACAAGGUUUCAUACGCUGUGUCAUGUGAUCAUUCAUUUAUCCCCACCAAACACUUUAUUCUCUUUCAUUCGGUUAUUGAAUGUUAGCUGUUUGUCGUGAGAUUUUGGUUCACCCUCACAUUGACCAGCUCCAGCACCCUCUAUCACCCAUACUCCUGCCAUCUGAAAGUCCGUGUCAUACUCACCUCUGAAUGGAAGAUGGGUUUUAUAGCUCCAGCUCUGGAUCUGAUAUUAAAGUGCACUUACCCCCUUAGACCUCCAUAACACUCCACCUACUCAUGCACUCGACCUGCUCGCCUGAGUGGUAAUAUGUUAAUAUGGCAAUAUGUUUCUUUUUUCUUUGUGAGAGACACCGGGACUUUCUUGCCAUAAACACAUGUGUAUGGACGCACUGCUGUUGCCUUUACUGAUACCCAUACGCAAUAAGUGUUGGUCCUGUUGCACCAGCUUCACUCCAGUGAUCAGACUGAUUCAUGCAAAGGGCAGUCUGUUACAUUUAGAGAUGGUGAAAGAUUGUGUUGUGAGUUACUGUGAAAGAUCAGCAGUUUUCUGGUGGAAGCUGCCAUGGAAUCAUAUUUGAAAUGUAUGCCUGAGCAACUCUCUGUAAUGUGUAACGCAUCGUUGAUAAACGUGUGGAAUUUAGCUUUGACACAGCUGUAACAGGGCUGAGUGAUUGUUACUGAGCGACGGCGUAGACGUCUGUGGGUUUGAGAGAGUCCAGGUGAUGAUUACAUAGAACCCAAAACUGAAUCUGGAUCAGAGUCCUGCUGCAGCUAGAGCUUAUCCGAUCAAGUCUGUCUUCACCUGUGUACAUAGUAGAGUGACAGUGUGUUUGGUCAUGUAAUGUGUAGUUCCACAAGACCAGCUAAACACUCCUUUACCAUUUGUGUUAAAGGCAGAAAUGAUGUAACAUGUAUUAUAUAUGUUAUAUUUGAGGAGAAAGCAGAUCAUGCACCAACUGUAGUGACAUGCAUUACUUCUAUUGUCCACAGGGUGGCAGUACAGGGCAUGUCCACUGCAUUUUCCCCCUCAGAACUUCAGAUUGUAAACAGUCCAUAUUGAUUUGUGUUAUGUGUAGAUAUUAAGCGUGAUUGUGCAACACGUGGUCAAUGUAUACUUUUGAAAUACUAUUGAAAUGUCAUAUUUGUACAAUAGUAAAAAGCGCAGGA